AUGUAGUAAAUUCACUCUGUGACUGGGUUGACAUUGGACUGGACUUCGAGAGAGCUCUUGGUCAAGAACAACCAGUGUACAAGAUUCGUCACGUGAAGGCUGGGGUUCGUCUGACACAGCUUAUGUUGCAGUGUUCCUCUGAUGUAACAGACAUUCUCCUGAAUCGUAACAUUAUGAACAAGCUUUAUACUUUGUAUCAUAAACCUCACAUGGCACUAUCUAUCAAGCUCCUGAUUCUCAAGACUAUUGAUACUAUCACUAGGACAUCAUUAGGACUAAGAUUCUUUCUGGGAAAAUCAGAAGAUUUGUCUGAGGGACAAAGUGAGAAGAAUGGGUAUGAAGUUGUCCUAGAGAUGCUUUCAGAUGUUCCACAGACCCGAGCCAAGGUGGCCUUGUCAGCUAUAAUAAGAAAGGUUCACUUGUUGGAUGUGUGCCAUCAAUUGAGUGAGAACACCAAUCGUCUUGUGAAACACCUGCCACCCAUAGAAGAAGAUACAAAAUGCAAAGAGGAGCUAAAUCCUGAUGAUGAUUCUAUGGAAGCUGAUGAAGCAGAAGGCAGGAUUGAUUUACCAUCAAACUGGAGUACAAAUAUUCCAGAUUCCUUAGUUCAAGCAAUAAAUUCUUGUGUGAGGGAAAUACUGAGAGUGUAUAAAUAUGCUGACCAGCUGCUGGCUCAACCACACAGGUGGUUACCCGGCUCAAAACAGUUCCAGUUGCCCAAGAAUCCUCAUGAUCCAUACCCGCAGCUAUAUUUGCUUUUAGAUCAUGGUGAUCUUCUACAGUCAUUGGCAAUUUUGCUUGGAGCUUUAGGUGCAGUUCAGAAUGGCGUUUUGGUUGCUGAUAUCAAGAGCCUUUUGGAGUGUCUGCUGUCAUUUGGUCAUGGUAUUAAGUAUAUGGCUGCUCAUCCUGAAUCAUCCACUACCAUUGCUAGGAGUUUGACGCAGCUAGGAGAGGAUGGUCGUGAAGAAGGGAAUGAGGACACCUCUUUACAUCAGUUGGGAAUGCAAAUGGUGCACACCUUCCAUGCUCUCCAGCAGUUAGAUUCCCUGGCACAGUUGGCCACUACCCACAAUACCGACUACUCCCAAGCAGUAGUUCAUUUCAAUGCUUUAACUUCACUUCUUCUUUCGCUGGCUGGCCGGCAUGCUGUUACAUCGCUGCUGAGUGUUGGAAAUAAUAUAGAAAUAUUGUUUGCAUACCUGAAACUUGGAGCAGGCGAUGAUCAGGAUAAUGCACCUACUAGACUUGCUUGCUAUGGCUAUGCUGUCGACCUCAUAGUACUAACUGUGAAAUUUUCAGAAAAUGUGGAGAUGUUAGAACAGUAUGGUGGAAAGUUGCUGGAGUUAAUAGAUUAUGAAGAAAUACGAGAGGGACCAAAAUUGGACGAACAUGCUAAACUUUGUGAGAUAAUUCCUUGGAUAUCAAUAGCAAGAUCAUCAGAAAAUUUCACUUAUGAUAAUUUAGCCAAUCUGUCAAACAGUUUAAAAGACCAAUUAGAGAAAAUAGACAAAUUUUCUGGCGAGCUAGUAACCCACUUGCGUAUUAUUCAAUAUCUGACUGUACCUAAAUAUCCUGUAUCUAACCUUGCACCUGAGGACCAUAAUGGUGAACUAAUAGAAGAAUUAAAGUAUAAAUAUGCAACAGUCCAGCUGUUCGCUGCAGACUGUCACACACAUUUAACAAAUCUUCUUACUAAGCUCUGUUCUAUGUAUUCUCAACCAUCUGUCUAUAGUUCAAAUUUUACUUGCUCAGAAGGUGCUAUACUUCUGGCAGUAAUUCAACCAACAUUAAUUUUACUUAAGAACAUACUUACAUAUGUUAUUCAGGCAAGAAACACAAAUUUCAAAGACUUGUCUGCUAUUGUUCCUCUUGUGCAAAUGUACCUUUUGCUCCAGUCAUUUCCCUUGGGAUCUCAACACUACAACCAAUCCCAAGAGCUACAGCAAGAAAUAAUUAGCAUUUUGUUGGUGUAUACACAGCCAGUGUACUCGAAGGCAGAAGGAGAAGAAGUAUUGGCCAAAAGUCUCUGGACAAAGAUGAUGGCUGAAGUCUUCAAGUACCUCUUAAGCAGCCCCCACACUUUUAUGGGGGUAAUCAGCUUGAUCAUAGAGUUGCUACCACUACCUCUACCUCUUCAAACACGUACUGCACUCUCCGAGGAAGAGUCGUCUCAAAUCAUUAAUCUUCGUAAGCUGUGGAGUGCUCAUCUCUAUUGUCUCUCACCAAACAUCCAUGAGAUCAUUAUGCGCUUAGGCCUGACAAGUUUUCCACCUCUGAUGCACCUCCUACGUCGAAUGUGUAUUGCUCUCUCUGACCUUGCUGCCCCAAUGGCUCUUCUGGUAGGUCGUGCAACUCUUGAUCUUGUUCUUCAGGCACAUCGAUUGGAUCAGCGUGCCUCUGGGGAAGAUUUUGGACCUUGUUCUCUACAAACUGGCCGUGUUCUGAAUAUGCUGGCUCUUUUAGUCUCGCAUGCACCUACUAAAGCUGCUGUACUUCACUUACUGCGUGGAGGCUCUCCUACUUUAGCUAUAAAUGCAGCUAAAGGAGAAGACAAGUAUACAGGCUUGGUUGCUCUAUGGUGCCGUAUCCUUAAUGUUGCCGCUAGUGGGUCCCAUGCUCAUAUGCAAGCUCAGGAUUGCAUAAUUACAAUUAUUCAGUAUCUUUGUGAUCAUGAAAAUGCAAUGCAUGUUCCUCAAGAUUCAAGCGUGCAAGAAGGUGAAGCACAAAGUACUGCACCAACAAUGCUAACACUAAGUGGUGUCCCAAAUAAAGAUACCUUAAUUCCUAUUGUGGAUGCAUUGAUAGACCACUUACGAAACCUUCACAGCUCGCAUCAAUCGAUCCAGCAAGUUCUCCGAGCUCUUAUGCAUCUCAUGGAACACGACUACGGUUUCUACCAUAUAAAAAGUGUAAUGGAGAAAAAAAAGGCUUGUCUCAUUAGUCUUUUCAAGAGGCUGACUUCAACAUUUAGAAAAGAAUCACAUGAGCACCUAAUGUCACUUCAGGGAGCAUUGGAAUUUUGUGAGCUUCUCAUCAUGAAUGAUGAUUCCUCAAUGUCCCGGACAAUGAUUGUUUCUGCUUCAGAGUUGGCUAAUUAUCUUGGAUGGAAGCCUGGAGGAUAUGAGAUGCAGUUCUCAAAGUACUCCCAGGACAAGAAGGAUACUCUUAAAAAAGAGGAAAGGGAAAAGGAAAAAGAAAAGGAAAGGGAAAAGGAAAAAGUCGUGAAGGAAGAGCCAGUGGAGGAACACAGACAGGAGAAGGAAGAGCUUCCAGACAAAGAGAAUGAUGUAGAAGGUAAGCAAGAGGACGUUCACACUACUGAAGAGAAGGAUGAAGUGAAGAUGGAUGAAGUGAAGAUAGAUGAAGUAAGGGAAGAUGAAGAAAAGAUGGAUGAAGUUAGGAUAGAUGAAGUGAAGAUGGAUGAAGUAAAGAUGGAUGAAGUAAAGAUGGAUGAAAUAAAGGUGGAUGAAGUAAAGGUGGAUGAAGUGAAGAAGGAUGAAGUGAAAGAUGAAGUGAAGAAGGAAGAAGUGAAGAUGGAUGAUGCGAAAAUGGACGAAGUGAAGAUGGACGAAGCCAAGAUGGAUGAAGCCAAGAAGGAUAAAGCCAAGAGGGACAAAGCCAAGAAGGGCGAAGCUAAGAAGGACGAAGUUAAGAAGGACGAAGCUAAGAAGGACGAAGCCAAUAAGGAUGAAGCCAAGAAGGACAAAGCCAAGAAAGACGAAGCCGAGAAGGACGAAGCCAAGAAGGACGAAGCCAAGAAGGACGAAGCCAAGAAGGACGAAGCUAAGAACGACGAAGCCAAUAAGGAUGAAGCCAAGAAGGACAAAGCCAAGAAAGACGAAGUCAAGAAGGAUGAAGUCAAGAAGGAUGAAGUCAAGAAGGAUGAAAUAAAGAAGGAUGAAAUAAAGAAGGAAGACAUAAAGAGAGAAGAACCGAGGAAGGAAGAGGAGACACAGGAACGCAUUCAUCCAUUAAAACUGCUGGAGAAACAAGUAAUUGCAGAAUGUUGCGAAGAAGAAGUAAUGGAAACACUUUAUGAUGAUAUCUCCCAGUUGAUCAGUAUGCUAGAUCAAGCCUGUCCAUUUGAGGUGAAGGAACUGAGUGAACCCGUGGGCCCCGAGAUGGAAACACUACAGUCACUGUUUGCCUCGAGGGUUGUGUGGACAAUAGCUGCUGCAGAUGAUGACAUUCCUUCCUUCUGGCUUGUACCACCUCUAUAUGAAGAUGCAGAUCCCUUAGAAAUGGUUCCAACAAAUCUACUUGAAACUUGUCAUCAGUAUGCAGGAGAGUACGACCUAUUAGGGACACUGCACAAACUGGUUAAGGGUCAGGGUUCACAAGCACUCACUCCCCAGAAGCUGUGUAAAGGCCCACCCAGGUACAAGCACAGUGCAGGUGCUAUAAGGCCAGACAAGAGAGGCAGACCUUUUGUUGCUCCAAUGAGAGGCCGCUCAUUCAACCGAGGAAUGAAUAUGAGAAGUGAUCCAUUCCGGUCCCGCCCACCUAACACUUCACGGCCCCCAUCACUCCACGUAGAUGAUUUUGUUGCUUUAGAGAGCACUGGCCACCAGCCCACCGGACCAACAGGAUACAAUAAGAUAUCAUUUGGACGGGGCAAGUUUUUGCUGGACUCCAUGCGGGGUCGUGGCAACCGAGGGAGAGGUGACAGCAGGGGAAGCAGGUUCUUCCACAGGCCACCAUUUCGGCCAGAUUGUGGAGUUGUCCGUGGGAUGAACCCUAGAGGUAGAGGCAUGCCGUGGAUCUUCCGUGGCGAUGGUUCUCCUAGAGGUUACCGAGGAGUACCUCUAAAUCCUGGGACAAUGCGCUUCAUGCGAGGUCGGGGAAUGUAUAUGAGAGGCAAUGGAGUUGGAAAUGGUCCCAAAGACAGAUUUCCUUCAAAGUUUGUGGAACGUGGUGGUAGACGAGAAAUGAAUGGUGGGAGACACAUGAGAGGGGGGUUUAGGUAAUUUGUAGAGAUCUUGUCACAGGAUGGGAGGAAACAGAGGAUACAUGAUGGAAGGGCUACGGUAAGCUGAAGUGAGUUUGCUGAAAUUAGUAUUUUUCAAGUACAGUAUGAUACUGUCCUUUCUGGUGUAAUUUUUUUUCUUUAACUUAUUUUGUACUGGUGUAUUAUUCAGCUAGCCAUUUUCUUUGUAAAAUUCUUUCCAUUAGUGAAUGUAAGAUGAAUUUAUCUGAAGUGAAAGAAAAUGUGUACAAUAUAACUGAAAAAGGAUAAUGGAGUGAGAUAACCAUAAAUACAGUGAAUAAUAAUUAGAGUAAUUGAUUAGAGGUAAGUUUAGUUUGAUGCAUCUCAUUCCCAAAGAUAUUGUACUUGUUUAAGAUACAAAAAAAAAUUAUGCAAAAAUUUUUAUUUUAGUAAAAAAUUACUCUCCUUGAUAACCAGGAAUGAGUCCUCAUGUCAAUAUUAAGACUCCAUCAUCUGAUAAAUUAAUCAAUCUUAUUUUAUCACAGUACAACUUUAAAUUAUCAAGAUAUUGACUUUGUCUUACAAGUGUUGCUCUUGCCCUUUUUUGCUAAACUUAUUCUGAAUGUUGGCUGCUCAAAAAUAAACUAAAUGAAUA